AUGAUUUGCUCACACCUAGUGAACCUCUCCACUCUCUUGGGUGCAGUUCUUUCAUGGGGGAUAAUGUGGCCACUCAUUAGCAAACAGAAGGGGGUUUGGUACCCGGCAGAUGUACCAUCAAGCAGCAUGAAAAGCUUGUACGGUUACAAGGCCUUCUUUUGUGUAGCUCUAAUAGUUGGAGAUGGCCUUUACCAAUUCUUGAAAGUCACAUAUGUCACUAGUAAAAGCCUACAUCAACGAUUAAACAACAAAGUUGUUACCAACAAAGUGACAAAUAGGGAUGGUAUGGCUUCACUAGAGGAAAUCCAGCGCGAUGAGAUUUUCAAGAGUGACAACAUACCCUCAUGGAUAGCAUACACUGGAUACGUCGUGCUUAGCAUCAUCUCAUCAAUCAGCAUACCCCUGAUGUUCCGUCAGAUAAAGUGGUACUAUGUGAUAGUAGCAUAUCUCCUUGCACCUGUGCUCGGGUUCUCCAAUUCCUACGGAGCAGGUCUCACUGACAUCAACAUGGCCUACAACUACGGCAAGAUCGCCCUCUUCAUCUUCGCAGCCUGGGCUGGCAAGAAAAAUGGUGUAAUUGCCGGCCUGGUUGGUGGUACGCUUGUGAAGCAGUUGGUCCUGAUGUCUGCCGAAUUGAUGCAUGACUUGAAGACGAGUUAUCUCACGUCAACAUCCCCAAGAUCCAUGCUUGUGGCACAGGCUAUCGGGACGGGCAUGGGCUGCAUCGUCUCACCCCUCACCUUCAUGCUCUUCUACAAGGCAUUUGAUGUUGGGAACCCAGAUGGCUAUUGGAAGGCGCCGUAUGCACUCAUAUACCGUAGUAUGGUGAUUCUCGGUGUGGAAGGCUUCUCAGCUUUGCCAAAGCACUGCCUCUCAAUCUCGGCUGGAAUUUUUGCAUUUGCGAUGCUUCUGAGUAUUGCAAGGGAUAUCCUACCACGCAGGUAUGCCAAGUAUGUUCCACUACCGAUGGCAAUGGCGGUGCCUUUCCUUGUAGGUGGGAGCUUUGCCAUUGACAUGUGCAUUGGGAGUUUAGUGGUAUUUUUGUGGGAGAAGAUGAACAAGAAGGAGGCUGCCAUCCAAGUGCCUGCUGUUGCAUCCGGCUUGAUAUGCGGGGAUGGCAUAUGGGUAUUCCCAUCUUCCCUACUUGCUCUUGCCAAGAUUAACCCUCCAAUCUGCAUGAAGUUCACUCCUGCCAGCUAG